AUGUCAUUUCAUCCUUCGACACAAGCUGACCUCACCCAGGCAGCGCUUUGCUUUGCAGAGUUGAUUUCCUAUUUAGAGAAGACAGUCCAAGAGGCCAAAAUACCGCAAGGAGUUUCCCAUGAUGUGCGCCCUAGGGACCCUCCGGUGUACACCUUUGAGCCGCCGUUGCUCGAGAGCCUUAGUGGGGGUUGUCUCCCCAACACCAAGGCCGCAGAAGAACUCCUUUCGUUUGUGAACACGCACAAAGACCGCCUGGCACAUUCCCUUGAAGGGCAAUCUUUGCGGUCCUUAGCUUGCUACUUGCUGAAUUCACGUAUCGAACCUGGCCUAGCAUCUGGGUUAUGUCUGUUACUGAAUCAACCUAGACACCUUGCCGAUUCAGGGUGGAUGAAACCUUUUGCUCCAAGCUUGGAAGAUUGCUCUCACUCAUUGCGGUGGAACUUGAUCCCCAAACUGUGUGAGAUUUUCACAUGUGAAGGACAUCAGGGUAGGAUUAGAAGAAUGGCGGGCAAGAUCCUUGUGGAAAUGUUGUAUGCAUCCAAGGAAAAUUGCGGCUUACUGAUGCGCCUACUAGAGCAUGAUCCCAAUAUAUGGCCGUUCAUCGACACAUUUUAUUCUUCGGAUCCCAUCUUAUCAUUCUAUACAUGCCUUAUUGUUCGAGCAUUUCGUCACUUUAAAAUGGAUAUUGUAUCUUACUUGGCACGGGACGAACAUGAACUCAAAGUGCUAACAGCAAUACAAUGCCACUAUGGCAAUGUUGUUGAUCUGCUUUAUCGCUUCUUGUGCUCGCUGCGACAUACGCUGUCGCCCGAAUUGAGAGCGCGGGACGGGUUUAAACCCUUUGAUGGAGCUUUGCACAUGUGCUACUGUUUGCAAAAAGACGGGAUACCAUCGAAAUUAUUCUCAAAAGGCCCUGUCCUUUUGAUAUUCCACGGGAGUGUCUUUCUUUCUAUACACUGCCAAGGGGACGCAGUUGAGCCGCAUUUCGAAUAUAUGGCACUUCCCGCUUCUUCCCCAUCAUAUCCAAGGUAUAGGGUUAUUAGGCAUCUUGGUGGAGAAAGGUUUUCCUUGUCCUUCCAAUUUGACAAAGCAGUUUUGCUCUACAUUAAUGAUCAAGCACGAAGCCCCGAGAGUUUUAGCCUCAAACUAGAAUUUGAGGGCGAUUUGAUGGAACUGCAAACGAUGCUCAACCGGUGCGGGUUUCGGUGUGAGAACCAAGAGGCCAUGGCAGAAUUAUCAAUUUCAAGAUCGUCUUAUGUGGUAAUUCCGUUAGAUGCAGGCGAGGAUAUAACACUGAAGUCUCGCCAAUUUUCAGAAAAACCGUGCCAAACAGAGCUAAAUACAGGGGAGAAAGGUCCCUCAUCGAGGAUAGAACCCCCAGUUACCUCAGGAGAAUGGAACGAGUUGAGUGGCACGAGCCCUCUAACCGAGCUCACUCACACCCCUACCAUAUGUGACGAAUUAGCCCUAAAGCAUGGCAACACUGCAUUGUCUAAAUCUUACCCUGCAAGCCCUAGCAUGCAAACCCCAGAAUUCUCUGAUACUAUGUCUAGAGCGCGCAGACUGCCGACAAGUAUUUGCCAAAACGAUGCUCAAAACGCAAACAAUGAGACGCAGCCAACUUUAACUGAAAGACUACCAGGUGAACCGAUCCUAUCACCGAACCAUGAUGAAUCCAAGGACAGGGAAACCAAGGAGCUGAGAUAUUUACAGCCGGAUACACAAGAGUCUCUCAUAUUCCCCAGGCGACGUUUCAGGGGGAAAUUAUACACAGCACCAAGUAAAAAGAUGGUUUCUUGUGACGAACAAUCCGCGGCUAGUGAUAGUACAAUCGCAGAAUGCAGCAGGGAAGAAGAUGAAUUAACCUAUAUCUCUUCUCCUUUGCCUGGUACUAGCUUUUUACCUCAACAGCCAUCACUUUCGGGAACACAGAAGAAUGAAUUUCAUAAGGGUCAGCCGAGUGCGAAAGCCAGAAACACGCCCAAGACGAGUCGCAGUAAAGGAGCUAAGCUCCUGCAGUUAGAGGCGAAUCGUCGUGCAUCCCGGCGAACUUUGCAUACGAAUAAAUCCGAGAAUUCUCAAGUCAAGUUAAUUAAGAGAAACCAAACAGAGAACAAGUGCAGGCCUCAAAAUGGCCUUCCUAGUACACUGCAUCCUUCCUCCAGUACGAAAGGAGGGCCUGACAACAUUGUUUAUAAGAAAUUUGACUGCCGCGGGUUGAGACUGGAUGGGACAAGCACUACAAGCCACAGCCAAGUGACUGAUAGCAUGUCUCAUUCAGUGAGAGAAACUGACAAAUCUCCAGGUAAAAAUAAAAGCCUAUCCCGUUCCGCGGACAAUCAACACCUCGUACAGGCGCAUCAAGGAAGAGGUCGAACCGUCGCUGAAAAGCUAAUCGCAGCCUUUCAACAAACCGCAAGUAGCCUCCCAAAACAUAGCUCUAGGGGUAGUUUGGAGAAAUUCCACGCAGAGAGAGUGUGUGAGCUUGAAAGCAUUGCUCAAAUUUCCCAGCAAAGCGAGUGCCUGAAUGAUGAAUUGCACAACGUUGGUGGGCUUCCAGACUUUCCAGCAUCUUCAUCACCCGUUACGAGCCAGGAAGAUAUUGUUGUUCAUUCUUCCCUCGUAUCGCCUCCUCAAGAAAAGCCCAAUACUCUCUCGAGCGUUAUAGGUGCCAUGCAUUCAAACUCGGACGUUAUUAGAAAAGCCGUCAUUAUGGAUGCAGAUAUCGAGCGAAAUGGCGAUGGAAAGGAAGGAAUCCCUUCUCUUGUACCAGAUUCAUGGCCCGAGUCACCAUUGAAGCAGCCGAAGACCCCUUCCUCUGGAAAUACCCUCCAAGAUCAAGCUGAGGGUUGCAACGUAACCCUUAAACACCCAAAGAGAGGUCGAUCACCGAGAGCUAAUGAUCAGCUGUCUAAUCCUGUGGGAGAACUUUUGCGCAAAGAUUCCGUAGUUGAUCCGUUUUAUGCUGCAUCAUCGGAAGACAAGAACUAUGAAAAUUCAGAAAGGAUUGUUAGUGAGUCAGAUAUAAUCCCUAGAACCAUUGUGGAUGGGAAUGGAAGCCCUCGACUUUUGCAUCGGGACCAGAGGUGUGCCACACCUAAGAGGCUGCUGGCAGCAGAUGACGGGGCGCCCUUAUACACGAAACGACGAAAGGUAGUGAAUGAAGCACAUGACGAAGAAGGUAUUGUUACGCAACCUGAUAACAACAUCAAGGACACUUGCUGCACGGAAAAUACGCCACUUACAACAGCCUGCAGCGAUGCGAAAGAUCAAGCUAGAAAGAACAUGUCAUGCGCAUCUGCAAGAGUCGUGGGAGAUUCAAGAAUGGUGAAGGGGGCGUCUACGUCAGAAGUCGAGGAGUCUGCUCAGGCCUUGACAAAUUUUUGCGCGACUUUACGGAAAAGUCACUCCCAGGCUUCAAGACUACGAUGUACGAGCUAUCCUCGAGUGUCCCAGGAACCUCAGGAACCCCAGAAAACCCGAAAAGUAGCCCAUGAUGCUGGGAGGGGAGAAGUCUAUAGUCCUAGUAUACAAAAGCCCUCUCCAACCCAAUUGCCUGCAGACCCAGCUAUUUUGGGGGGGCAUCGGCUACUAAAUCGAACUCUGGACUCAACCGAAGACCAAUCAUCACUGCCAGAAUUCCACGAGGGCUUGAGGAACAUGCUGGUUCAACACAAUGCGGAAAUAUCACGUCAGAUUCAAAAUGAAGGGCAUGUAAUCCACAGAGCCCUAGAGACAUAUCGAGCACAAUGUCAUAACCUCCUUAACCAAGUAUUUGAAACACAGAGGGACCGAAUCAGACUAUGCGAACAGCAGAUGGCCUCAAUUACACAGCAGCAUAGGGAUGUUUGUCAGGGUCUGAUUCGUCGUAUGGAAGAAAAUGAGCGGAGUUUGGGCGGUUUACAUGAUGGCAGGUAA